GAGCAAAUUAGUAAUUGUGUGAGGUCUAAGAAACAUCUACCACAUGCCCCGAAAUCAUUGGCCGGUAUUUUACUAACCAUGGAUCUCAAUCGCAAAGACCCAACACAGAGCAACAGUGCCUCGGCCCCUCGGGGUCGAGCUUUCAACAACGACGACGACAACGAAAAUGCCUCCUCGGAUACCAACGAGCUAGACUUUGACAAGAACGAGGGCGAUUCCUUCCAAGACAGCCCCAAAUGUUCAGACAGGGGUAAAGUUGCCAAGAAAAAAGUGGUUAAAGCUAGCGCCAAGUUCUUACUGGAUAAGAAAAAGUUGGAACAGUACGUUGGAGAAGGCGAGCUGUUGGUACCAGUGCCGAGGGCUCGGCGAAGGUUGAAAGGCAACGAACUGGGGUACAUGGUGAAGAGAGAUGACAAUGUGCUAAGGUACAUCGACAAGGAAGGAGUGGUAUACAACCAGAAUGAUACGGCCUAUUUACAAAACCGAGAGAAAGGCAAGCCAUACUUUGUGUGCGCCAUACAGCGGUUUAGCCUGACCAAGAGAGACACACUAAUGGUGGGGAUUAAAUGGUUCUUCCGUCUGUCUGAGGUGCCUGGAAGCGUCUACCACCACUUAACCCUGGACAGGGAGCUCCACA